UGAGAGGGAGAGAGAAGUGAGAGGAGAGAGACGCUGGUUCAGGUUUCAGUAAGGCGCACUGGUGGCAGACCUGCGGCACACACUGCGACCAUUUAGGAGAGGAGCAACCAAUUUACGGGACGUGAGUGGAAUUGAGAUGACAACCGGUCCAUCUCUAUGCGUCAACAUCAUCAGGAACAUCUCUGACUGAUGGGAAGCCACAAAAUGUAUUUGUUUCCAAGUUUGAUAUAGUUGCUCACGUCUCAGUAAGAACGUUUAUUAGAAACAACAGGUUGACAACUUGUGACAAAGCCCGCCUUUGUAAGCCACCGAGAUUCCCAACUGGUUUUCUUCUUCCUGAUGAGUUUACUGAUUUAAAAGUGGAUAAAAACAUAAUUUUAGGUCUAAAAUGGAGACGGAACAGAAAUGGACAGACGCUGGGCAAAUGAGCCAAAAGCUACAGAAGAACCCUUCCAAAAAGCUGAGGUGGGACAACUGGAGAGAUUUUUCUUCCGUAACUCUUUGCAUUGCAUUAUCUCUGCUAAGUGUUGGAGUAUGCAUUGGUGUUUUUGUGCGGACGACGGCGUUGCAGUCCAGGAUAGUAAGUCUUGAGCAGCAGCACCUCGCUGCCUGGAUGUUGCCCCUGGAGCAGGUGGAGCCCGUUAUUUUGGACAGACUGGACCAAAUCCUGGAGAAGAAGCUUGCAGCGCGAUUACCAAAGACGCGAGAAGUGAGGGAGGCCCCUUACAGCUGCUUGUGUCCUCCAGGACCUCCAGUAAGUAGACAAGACACCUUGUGUGAUCCAUGUGGGGGUCCUCCUGGACGAGCAGGCUUUCCGGGUGACAAAGGAAGUAUGGGGAUUCCUGGAAGAAUGGGCUUUAAAGGACUAGCAGGGGAGAAGGGAGCCCCAGGAGAACCAGGUCUGUCUAUCAUUGGACCAAGAGGACCACCGGGCCAACCUGGGACAAGAGGAUUUCCAGGGUUUCCAGGUCCAAUUGGGCUGGAUGGCAAGCAUGGACAGAAUGGGGCCAAGGGUGACAUGGGUCAGCGUGGCCUUAAAGGACUCCCUGGAGAACCCGGACCUAAAGGAGAGAAGGGUGUCUGUGGCGACUAUACACAUCGGAGCCUAUUUGUGCAGGAUCUUCCCUUGAAAACCUUGGCUGCCUUGCGCUCCAGUCAACCGCUGUUGAAGAUGUUGCCUAUCACCGUGCGCAACAUGCCCUCAAUAAGCCCUCUAAUCCUAAAACGCCUCAAGCAGGGCGAGCCAGGAGCGCAGGGGCCCCCAGGACCACCAGGCCCCCCUGGUCUUCCGGGGAGCCCAGGUCUGAACGGAGCCAGCGGCUCACCGGGUAAGCCAGGGGAAGCGGGAAACCCCGGAAAAGACCCAAGGCUCUUACCAGGACUGAAGGGUGAACCAGGUUUACCAGGACAGAAGGGUGAUCAAGGGGAUGUUGGUCCAAUGGGUCCUGAAGGCAGAAAGGGUGACCAGGGAACCAAGGGAGAUGAAGGGAAGAGGGGGUUUUCAGCAGAGAAAGGGAAGAAGGGUGGACCAGGCUUCCCAGGCACCCCUGGGUCAAAGGGCCAGACUGGUACCCCUGGUAUCCCUGGCAAGAGGGGCUACAGGGGAGAGAAGGGAGAGGCUAUUCUUUCAGCACUUGGAAUUAAAGGAGAACCUGGCUCACCAGGAGUGCCAGGCCUAAUGGGACCGAAGGGUGACAAGGGUGAUCAGGGAAACCAGGGAGAGGCAGGCCCUGAGGGCCCAGCUGGACCAACAGGCCCUGCAGGUCCAACUGGCGAACCAGGAAAAGCUGAACUCCAUAACAAUGAAAAUGAUAUUCGCAACAUACAUCUUAUGGGUCCGCCUGGAUUACCUGGACCUCCAGGGCCUCCUGGGUUCACUGGGGCAAAAGGUGACGUUGGCCUCCCAGGUCCCCCAGGCCUUGAUGGAGAGAAGGGGCCCAGAGGGAAACCUGGAGAGCCUGGUCCCCUGGGCCCAGUUGGUCCUGAAGGUCCCAGAGGAGAGGGUGGUGUAAUGGGUUUCCCAGGACCAAAGGGAGACAAGGGAGACACGGGUCCAGCUGGAUCACCAGGUUUAGAUGGCCCUACUGGUGAAAAAGGGGCUACAGGGGCCCCUGGCCCAAUUGGAUUACCUGGCGCAAUGGGCACAAAAGGCGACCCUGCGGAAGGAGGAAGGUCAGAGCUGCUCUAUGGUCAUCCAGGUCCCCCAGGGCCAUCAGGACCAGUUGGCCCAGCAGGAUCGCAAGGACCUUCUGGGCCAAAGGGAGAGCCAGGCCUAGGCCUCAGGGGAGAAAAGGGAACAACAGGUCAGAAGGGCGACAAGGGAGACAGAGGCCAUCUUGGACUUCCUGGGGCUCAUGGGUUAGACGGCAGACCCGGUCCAGUGGGUCUGAUAGGACCAGCAGGAGUGCCAGGACCAGCAGGACCAAAGGGAGAGAGAGGUGAGAGUGGAGACGCAGGACUACCAGGACCAAUCGGCCCGCAGGGCAUCCCUGGAUUUGCAGGGCCACAAGGACUCAAAGGGAAUCGGGGAGAGAGGGGCAAGAAAGGCAACAGGGGGGCCAAAGGGGAUAAGGGAGACCAAGGAGCACCUGGAUUAGAUGCCCCAUGUCCGUUGGGAGAUGAUGGUCUACCUGUACCAGGUUGUUGGAACAAAGGACAACACCCCUUCCAACUGGCUAAGAAGUAAGACCAUCAGACGAUAUCCCAUGGGGCCACCAGGAAGAACCUGAAGGCGUUCAGAGAUAUCUUUUGAGUUUUUAUCAGACGUUGCCAUGUCAACAUUUUACUGUGAGGCUAGACACAGAGCCAGUGAUGUUUGAGGCUCCGGUCAAUGUCGUGAGCAAAAUUAUUUCAAACUCAAAUGUUAGAGGCCAUCGUUUGUCUCGAAAGGUGAUGGGAUAUAACAGCCUUCGCUGCCACACAAAUAUAUAGACCGUCCCCGUUGAUGGGUAUGUUCUACGAUCCGCGAUGAUCUGCUUAACAUCGAGUCCAAACAAGCCGUGAGCACUUUAGCACAGGCGUGUUACGGUGUUUGGUGUGACAUUAAUGCGGAACAGCUCACAGGACAGAUACAGUAAAAUGCCGAUAAAACAACAACAACAUAAGAACAGGGGAGAGCCUAAUGAUGAUUCCUUCUGCAUGUUAUCUGACUCACUGCCUUCUAAAAAAAUAAAAUAAAAUAGCCCAUGAAUGCAGCUAUAAUAAUAUUUGGAAGAGUGGGUACAAUAGUAUAUGUUUUGCAAGCAGCAUCACAUCAUGGCUGGUCACAUAUGUGAUAAUGGUGAUUAUUUUCCAUUCAAGUGUUGACAUACUCCAUAACGCAAAGCUAUAAUUGUAAGUAUUGUACAAUAUAAACGAAACGACUGUAUAUAUAUAUCAACGUAUUCGAGCUCUGUAAAUAGUACAAACAUACAUUAUAAUGUGUGUGUUAUUGACUUAUCAAAGUAAGUAGCAUUGCAUGUGCAUUCAGUGUUUUUAGUUAGAUAUCCCACUAGCAGACAUGAGUUCUGCUUGAAAAUUUGCCUAAUAGUACAUUUUGUUGGGAUUUGAGUCAAAGUCCACGUGGCUCCAUUUGUGUACACGCAAAUCAAACCAAAACCGUGUCAACAUGUCAGCCAGAGACUGACACACACUUGUACAUGUAAACGUCUUGUUUCUUUGACAAGCUAGUAGAGAAAAGCAUUCCUUAUGUCAAUAUUGACAGCUGCUUUGUGAAAUAGGCCAAUGUUGUUUCAGUCUCCGUUGAUCAAAUAUUAGUUAAACCUACCAACAACAAUCAAUGUAUCCAUUUAGAAAUAUAAAAUACAAAUAUUCGGUCAGUUUUGCUUUCAAAAUAUUUGGUGAACUGGGACCUCCUGUACAAAAACUGCAUACGCACAAAAAUGUGGCGUACGUUUUUUUGGGUUUUUUUGGGGGGGGAGAAGAGUGGUAAAUAAUGUCAUUUUAAUCAUGUGCAACUGAUGCAAAUGUUCAAAUGAAGUAAAUAGAAAAGGACUCUUUUCGUCGGUCGUUGGAAGCGUAAUUGCGUCGGAGACGCUGGGGAUGGCGGCAAGACGAGGAACGGUGGACGAAUCCUCCGCGUCUGUGACUCCAGAGACACCGAGGACAGUGGACGAAUCCCCCACACGUACACUGAAAAAAAAAAAGUCCUUUGACAGCCGCACACACGAUAAACUCUUCUUCCGCUUGUUGUUAACGCCGUCGGACAGCGUGCCAAAGAGGAUUUUUUUUGCGCGGGGAGGGGUCGGCUACGCCAACAUGUGCGCUCAUUUCCACGUCGAUUGGGAUGUACGAAGGAAAUGCGCUUGGAUUCAUGCGUACGCACAGAUUCGUACAUCUGGAUAUUUUUGUGCGUCUGACGUUUUGUGGAUUAGAGUUUACGCCAUGUUUCAGUAGGCUAUCCACGCAAGUCUUUGUACGUGAGGCCCCUGGUCAUUGCACGCACCAAAACUGAAAAUGGUUUGAUUCAUCCAGAAAAAGGGUUGUGAGGUCAGAGGUCUCUGAUGUCGGCUGAGAGGGUCUUCCUCACACCCUCACUUCUUGUGUAUCCUAAAUAAGUUUAAUAAGAUUUAGGAUGUGCAUUUUUAAUUGUAUUUUCCUUAGGUCUCGUCCAACCCCAUCCAAUUAAUAUUACUGUCCAUAAAAUGUAGUUCUACACGAUAUAAAUUAUUUACUUGUAUGAGAAAAAAAAUUAAUGGAGUAUAUAUUUUCUGUAUAGUUUCAUAUUUGGUCUGAUUCAGAGCAUUUAUUUUUUGUCUUGAUUUGUAGUUCCUUGUUUUUUUAGUAUCUUGUGGUUUUGUUUGUUUGUUUGUUUUUGGGAAUACUGUAUGCAAACAGUUAGAUUCAAAAGUAUUUGGUCAGUGAUUUGCCACCACCGCAAUGGAUUUUAAGUAGAAAAUAAAAUGUAAUUGACGGCAUUUAUUUCAAAUGUCAAUUUGCAGUUGCUCAACAGCGUUUGCAAAAAAAGUGAAGAGCUAGCGCUAUUUGUGGUUGUGAUCACGACUGAUGCUCGUUAAAGAAUAUGCCAUUCCUUUGCAUUAUUUAUUCUUGAGCAGCAUUGAGAAGGAAUUUUACAAAUGUAAAUCGAAACAAGAAAAAAAAAAGAAGAAGAAAAUGGGUACUUUGGAUGAACUGGCACAUGCCCUAUUGUUGCGGAACCUCUUUAAUGAAACUAAUAUGCACAAUAAUAAAUGCUUCUGGACCUAUCUGUCUGCGUACAGUUUAUUCAGUUCCAUGUAAAAAAGUACCAAAACAGCUGAUUGCACCCUACAUCUUCCUGGCUUAUUUUGGAAAGUGCAGUUCAUUGACUGAUUAACUUUUCCCUGCAACAAUACGAAUGCGUUAUUAAAGGCACCGCCGAUCAAAAAAAAAAAAAAAAAAAAAAAGACAGCCUUGCAUUCAACAGAUACAUACGAAGAAAUGUAGGAUUUCCUCAGUUGGCCAGUUGGCAGUGCUGGCUUGAAUAGUGCCCCGGGCGAUGCCCUUAUAUGGGCGGACAAAAACAAAUGUUCAUCGUUCAAAAACGCUGUUCUUUUUUUUGUCGGAUUAAUUUGCUGUACUUCAUACUGUAUAUCCAAUUAUGGAAAUGCAUGGUUUACCCUUGCAAACUGUACCACGUUGAGCUGAAAUGAAGCAUAAAAAAAGUGGCUUGAUUUUUGGCUAUGAAUGUACACUGCACGAAUAAUUCAAUGUGUGUGUUUUCUACAAUUUAUUGUGCAUUAGUGGACAAUCUAUGAACUGCUCAUGUGAAGAUGUAUGGACAAAUAUGAUACAGUAUUUUGAACAAAAAAUCAUUUUUGUGACUGAUGGUAAAAUAUUAUUUAUUUGAUUAUAUUAUUACUAUUUGACUCUGUUUUGAGUUUAAGGAUAUAUAUUGUGCACCUUCAAUCGAUUUGAAACUAUUCCGAUCUUAAAAGAUCAUAAAAGAUAAAUGAAAGCUUUCUAAAAAAAAAAAAAAUAGCUAAAAUAAAAUAAAAAAAUAAGCCCAUAGAAUUUACGUAAAGUGUUCCUACUUGUUUCUAUUGACAGGCAUUAUGAAAAGUAACACAAAAUAUUCAUAAAAUACUUCUUGUUUUAACAGUAAAGGAAUUUUUGAAACUUAAACAUUUAACUGUUUGCAAGAAACAGAGUUGCAGUUGCUAAUUUUACUUUCAAGCUGAUAAUUUAAACAUCCACAGUCUAAUAAAAUUGAUAUUACAGUAGAGUGCUAAGUUUCCUGCUGUAACCAAGAUUAUGUCAAGGAAAUGUCUUGUUUCGCUUUUUUGCUUGUCACAGUUGCUAGACCUUAUUCCAACUGUUAUAUAAUGUAACAUUGAAAAAAAAGAAAAAAUAAAUAAUGACAGAAAAUAUUUUAACGUUAUUAUAACGUUUUCACAAAAUCUAUUUUGUCAAACUAUUUUGAUGUAUAUUGGGUUUUCUAGAAACAUAGAUGAAAGUAGAAAUCGUCAAGAAUCGAUAGAGAUUUGUAUUUAUUGAUUUGAAAUUCCGUGGUUUUCAGAUGAGAACAAUGUCCAAAUAUGGACAAGAGGGGCAUUAUACACACUUUGCAUGGAAUUGGUAAGCUUUUAUGAGGAACUAACUGUAUUUAUGUUAUUUUCUUUUUCUUUAUUGAUAAUAUGUACAAUUAUACAAACCCCAAUUCCAACGCAAUUGGGACAUUGUGUAAAAUGUAAAUAUAAAAAGAAUACAAUGAUUUGCAAAUACUUUUAAACCUAUAUUCCAUUUAACACACUAUAAAGAAAAGAUAUUUAAUGUUCAAACUGUUGAACGUUAUUGUUUUGUUGCUAAUAUUUUCACACUUUUAAUUUGAUCCCUGGAACGCAGUCCCAAAAAGCAGGAACACUUCAGAAAACCAUUGUAAGUUAACACAGUUGGUCGCUACAUCUAUAAAUGCAUGUUAAAACUCUACCAUGCAAAACGAAAGCCAUAGAUCAAGAACACCCAAAACGAUGCCGUCAGUUUCUCUGGCCCCUCACUUAACUGAAAUGGACUGACGCAAAGUGGAAAAGUGUGCUGUGGUCUGAUGAUUCCACAUUUCAAAUUGGUUUUGGAAAUCACGGACAUCGUGUUCUCUGGGCCAAAGAGGAAAAGGACCAUCCAGAUUGGUAUCAGCCCAAAGUUCAAAAGCCAGCGUCUGUGAUAGUAGGGGGCGGGGGGGGAAUGGGGUAGUGCUCAUUGGAUGGGUAAUUUACCCAUCUGUGAAGGCACCAUUAAUGCUGAGAGUUACAUACAGGUUUUGGAGCAACAUAUUGUAUGCUGCCAUCCAAGCAAUGUCCUUUUUGAGAGAGAUCCCUUCUUGUUUCAGCAACACAAUGCCAGGCCACAUUCAUGCACGUACUACAGCAUUGUGGCUUCAUAGUAAAAGAGUGUGAGUACUUAGACUGGACUGCCAACAGUCCAGAUCUGUCUAAUAUUGAAAAUAUGUGUCACAUUAUCCAUCCAUCCAUCCAUUUUCCAUACUGCUUGUCCUCACUAGAGUCACGGGCGUGCUGGCGCCUAUCUCAGCAUACUCUGGGGCAGAAGGCGGAGUACACCCUGAACUUUUUGGGGAUGUGUUGCAGGCAUCAAAUUCAAAGUGACUGAUUAUCUGCAAGAAAAAAAAAGAUACAAAAAAUGUACCAGUUUGAACAUUAAAUAUCGUUUUUGUAAUGUAUCGAAUUGAAUGUAGGUUGAGAAGGAUUUGCGAAUCAUUGUAUUCGGUUUUUAUUUACAUUUUACGCAACAUCCCAACUUCAUUAGAAUUGGGGUUUAUACAUACAGUACAAUAUUAGAGUUUUUCCAUGCAGUUAAUUGAAAUCUGCCAAAUGAUUUAGGUUUGUGCAGAUAUCAAAAACAUUGAAUUGCUAUGUACAGUACGUUUUUUUUUUUUUAUGAGAUUCAAUAUGACCAGUUGUGGUUUUAACUGAGAUAAGAUCCUUUAUUGAUCCAUUCGAGAGUACACUGCAGAUAAAUGUGGCGUCUGAAACUAAUGUUUUCAUUUUUUUUUUCCAACAUUAUUUGUAUUUUUUUUAAUACGCCGAAUGGCAGCUGUCAUCACGCAAUGCCAAAACUGAUUUUCCAAAUCUGUCACUGAAUGAGAAUAAUAAUAGUUAAUAAAAAAAAA